AUGUUGGGAACCAUUGAUUUAGUUGGCCAUAUUCACUUCUUUUCAUCUAUUGCAACUACCACCACUGCUACUACUAACACUACCACCACCAUCACCUCUACUACUAACACUACCACUACCAUCAUCACCUCUACUACUAACACUACCACCACCUUUACUACUAACACCACCACCACCUCUACUACUACCACUACCACUACCAUCACCACCUCUACUGCUAACACUGCCACCACCAUCAUCUCUACUACUAACACUACCACUGCCUUUACUACUAACACCACCACCACCUCUACUACUAACAUUACCACCACCACCUCUACCACUACCACCACCACCUCUACUGCUAACACUACCACCACCAUCAUCUCUACUACUAACAAUACCACCACCACCACCUCUACUACUAACACCACCACCACCACCUCUACUAUUAACACUUCCAUCACAUCUACUACUAACACUACCACCACCAUCACCUCUACUACUAACAUUAUCACCACAAUCACCUCUCCUACUAACACUACCACUACCUCUAAUACUAACACUACCACCACCAUCACCUCUACUACUAACAUUACCACCACCUCUACUACUAAUGCUACCACCACCUCUACUACUAACACUACCACCACCAUCACCUUUACUACUAACACUACCACAAGCAGUAGGUAUAUGUCAGGCUUAAGAAAACUGUGA